CAAAUUGACUUUCAAACAAUAACAAUAUCAUAAAUUUCUUCGGUACACGUCGUUCGUUGUGUUGUCUAUGAUUCGUUCUGUUCUCACGGGCGGUCAGUGUAAUAUAAUAUAUUGUUGUGUGCAAUCUCUAUUAUUUUAAUUUGUCGUUAAAAUCUUGAAUUAAAAUAUUUUCAGUUUUAUUGAAUCGUUUGUUAACACUUAAAACUCAACGACUUAUUCACAAAUCAUUUGAUGAAUAGAAAAUAAUCAAAACGACGAUACGAUUGAGAAAUUGAUUUGCUGCAUAUCAUCACAAUUUAAAAAAAAUAUACAUAUGCAAUGUUAUGAAUUGAAGUGAUAAGAUCACGGAAAACUCUCUUAAAUUAUUGGUGGUCAAUUGAAAUGUGUUUUGUUUAAAUUAUCUCUUCGGGUGGUGAUAAACGAUUUCGUUCGAUUUUACUACAAGGCGCUUGAUAGCACAUCGUACAGUUCUGAAUAUCAAUUCAACGAAAUCGAUUGUGUAACGCGGUCACAAAUUGGCUGAUACGACUUAAUAAAUUUCAAUGUUCGAGCACAAAACUUAAUUGUAAGAAAAAAGAAACGAUUUUAAUCUCAUUGAUGUGAUAUUUAAAAUGAGGCGAAAAUACUUCGGAAAUUAAAUAAGGAAUUCUUAAAAUAAGCGUUAACAUCUCAAUCGAAAAAGGUUGUCCGUCGAUUUCAGUCAAUAAUUAUUACGUACAACAUACAAUAUUUUAUUUUCAACGUUUUUUUUUUGGUUUGUACUUGCCAUUUCUUACACACAGCUGUAAUUACAUUAUUUAUUGCGUCAAUAAACUAUGGAUGAAGAUAAUAGUGACUAUGAAAAAAAAGAGUCCAUCAAUGAAUACACACAUUUGCCCAUUUAUUCGGUGAAUCGACUGGUGCUACGGCAAGAAGACAUUGCAGAACAUGGUGGUUAUCAGAAACAAGUGCAAUUAAAUUAUGCUGAUAAUGUCAAAAAAUCAUGUUUCAAUUUUAAUAUUGUACAAUUUCUACUUAAUCUAAUUCCCGUGCUAAGAUGGUUACCGAAAUAUUCGCUGAAACAAGAUUUGCCCGGCGAUUUAUCAGCCGGAAUCACAGUUGCUGUGAUGCAUAUACCCCAAGGAAUGGCGUACGGUUUAUUGGCCGGUGUUAGUCCGAGCUCAGGUUUAUAUAUGGCGUUUUUUCCAACUUUAAUUUAUUUUCUAUUUGGUACUUCUCGACACAUUUCGGUCGGAACAUUGUCUGUUAUUAGUCUUAUGACAUUAAAAGUAGUUCAAACCUAUGGAACUGAUGUGAGUGGAUCGCAUCCAAAUUUAAACAGUACAACAGAACCAACACUGAUGUCCAUAAAUCAGGUGGAACAUUAUACAAACAUACAAGUUGUUACUGCAUGCGCUUUUAUGUGCGGAAUACAUCAGAUUUUGAUGUCGUUCUUUCGAUUGGGCAGUUUGGCAGCUUUACUUAGCGAGCCAUUGGUUAAUGGUUUCACAACCGGUGCUGCUGUUCACGUUACCGUUAGUCAGUUAAAAGACUUGUUUGGUAUUGAGAUACCACGACACAAAGGAGCCUUCAAAAUUAUUUAUACCAUAUUGGAUUGGAUUCCACAAAUUCCAAAUUCGAAUGUGACAACCAUCAUUAUGUCAGGCUGUGUAAUUUUGUUUAUGGUGAUCAUGAAUGAAAUACUGAAACCUCGAUGUUCGAAAAUGUGCAAGUUUCCAUUACCAGCCGAAUUGAUAGCGGUGGUUGGCGGUACUUUAAUCUCGAGUUUAUUGAAUUUGGGCACCGAACACCAUGUUAAAUUAGUUGGUUUCAUUCCGAUGGGCUUACCAUCGCCGGAACUACCACCAAUCAAAUUGCUUUGGGCAGUUUCAGUGGAUUCAAUUGCCAUUGCUAUUGUUAGUUAUACGAUUACAAUUUCGAUGGCGUUAAUAUUUGCGAAAAAACAAAACUACGAAGUUCGACCAAAUCAAGAGUUAUUAGCAAUGGGUCUAUCGAAUAUCGUGGGCGGUAUGUUUUCAUGCAUACCAAAUGCAACAAGUUUGUCAAGAUCUUUAAUCCAAGAACAAACCGGUGGUCGAACUCAAAUUGCAUCUGUUGUAUCGUCGUUUCUUAUUUUAAUCAUUCUUUUGUGGAUUGCACCAUUUUUCCAAAUGUUACCAAGAUGCGUUUUAUCGGGAAUUAUUGUGGUUGCGCUUAAAGGAAUGUACACACAAGCGUUGCAAUUAAAAAGGUUUCAUCAAGAGUGCAAAAUCGAAUCAUUGACUUGGCUUGUGACAUUUGGGGCUGUUGUUUUAGUUGAUGUUGACAUUGGGCUCUUCUUCGGAUUGAUGACAUCAUUGUUUGCAAUCUAUAUCAAAGGUUGGCGAUCACAAUGUGCUAUGCUCGGUGCAAUUAAUGACACUGGCAUCUAUGUGAAUCUUGCCACGCACAAUAAAGCCGUUGAAGUGGCAAAUAUAAAAAUUUUCCAAUACAUUGGUGCGAUCAAUUUUUCAUCGGCCAGCUCAUUUAAACGAUCGCUGUACAAAAAUGUUGGCGAAAUUCGACCAAAUACCACCGAACUUAAUGGAAAUGUUGAUGGUGUUUUGAAAAAAUUACAACCGCAUGCGGUUAUUGUGGAUCUAUCGUGUGUAUCAAAUAUUGAUAUGGCUGCAUGCAGAGCAUUUGCUGAAAUUCAAACCGAUUUUCUUAUAUCGAAUACCGUUAUGUAUUUAUGUGGACCGAAUGAUCGUUUAGUUGAUGCCAUUCAACAUGCUGAACAUUUAUCGGUGGGAAAAUUCUCAGUCUUUCCAACGAUUCAUGACGCUGUAUUAUAUUUUCAAAGUUCAGCAGCUGAUAAUGUUUGAAAAAAUAUCAUGAUAAUUCGUUUUAUAUGGACAGUAUCAUCCAGUGCAUAAGUGAUGGAUAAAUAUAGACAAAAUAUUUGGUAUGAGGUCUGAGUGGCAUGAAUUUGAAUAUUAAAAUUAUGUGGACAAUUCCAUGAGUAGCAUUUCUAUUUUUUUUUUUUUUUGGAAUCAUGUUCUACUUGAAUUUGUUGAUUUUGUUUUUGUGAUAACCUAACAGUUACUAACAAAGAGUUCAAAUCAAUUAAUAGCCUUAUAGCAAAUGGAUAAAUUAUUUUUGAAAAAAGAGCCAAUUGUUACUUAUAUACACAUUUAUUGUAUAUAAAUUGAAUAUAUUUUUUGUAAAUGUUAUUAAACGAAUGCCAAAAAAUAGCGAAAGAUACUAAUUCACACCUUGUUUUCAAAAUGAUGCAUAUUAUUUUUAGAAUACAUUAUUGUACUUUAUAAAUUUGUAUUAGAUACGAAUUAAAAUCAUAUAAUAAAUUUAUAUACUUUAAUGUAA